AUGACAAGGAGCCUCGGAAACGCAGGCCGUCCUCCCAAAAAGAAAUUUCAGCCCCCCAGUAUGACCCAGGUGGAAGUUCAAGUUCCUCCAACUCCAGAAGUCGUCUCGAAGCCUAAACCACGGCCACGGCCCAUUCCACAAAAAAAGCUCGGCACUCCGGAGUCGUCAGCGGCCACAGUGCCAGGUGGAUCCAGCUCCACACCAGAUGUUGGAGCAACUGUAGUGGCAUCAAAGUCCACUGACUUUGAUGAGAACACAGCCGCCGCUGCAUUGUUACUUGGCUUAGCUCGGCCAGUUGGAGACUCGGAGGUCCCAGAUCCGGCUGGGGAAUACAAUAUCGAGGAAGAAGACUUCUUCCAGAACCUCAAAGAAUCCGAGACCGGUGGCCUGGAUGACGAGCAUAGCCAGUUGGAAGAUGAGGAUGAAUCUGAAUCGGACGAUGGCAUCGAAGAUAAUGAAGAACCUGAGACUGACGAAGAUGUUGUUGACAUACCUCUCCAUGUGCCAGUCAAUGGCGUCCUUGACACUUUGACUGUGAGGUCCGAUAUAUCCUGGGAGAUUUUCUGUCGCAAGAUUGCAAAGGCUAUGGAGAUCUCCCUAGAGGAUCUCAGUAUUGCCUACAAGUUUUCAACCAAUGCGAAGAUGGAUCCCCCACGUAAACUCGACUCAGCUCGCAACCUGCUCCAGUUGCUUGAGGAUGCAAGUGAAGAACUCAGCAGUGCAACCAGAAGGUCACGGAAGAAGAAGUUUUCAGUAGUUGUUGUUGAUCUACGGUUGCCAGAAGUAAGCAAAGGUGAAUUGAAGAAGGGGGCAUUGACUGGCAGUAAGACAAAGGCUCGAUCAAGCAAGAAGGGAAAGGCAGACAACGAGGACAGUGAUGAUGAUGGAAAACCUACUGAUUCUGUCAACUGGAAUAAUGACACUGAUGUUGCGAAACUCCCCCCUCCGAAGAUUGUUGUUGGAUUGCAACUGAAAUAUGCCUGUGCGCAACACCAAGGGUGUUGUUUUGUCAUGAAAAAUGGUGACCAUCAUAAAAUUCCAUUGUCCGACAUAAGCCACUGGGCGUUCAUGAUUAACAAGUUUCCUGAUGAAUACAACUUGGGAAAACCUCCCCCUCAGCUCAAGAUCGAGGAUCAUGAUGCACAGAGAAGACAGGCAGACCCUGUUUCCAUAGUUAAACAACUUGAAACUGCUUCGUCAAGUCCUGCAGCCAGCAGAAUUCAACAGGUACCAGAGCAUGUAUAUCAGGGACCGGCAAACAUACUUAGCAUGCAGCCGCCUGCUUACCAUCAUGUGGCACCUCACCCAUUCAAUGUUCCUCAGCCGAUUGUGCCCCCUCCUUUCUACAAUUAUCUGCCGCCUGUUCCCAGUCAGCUCUACUAUCCACCACAAUCAUAUCAGUAUCCAAACCAGAACCACGAUCAUUACUCAUUCGCAUACCAACACCAUUUCCCAGGUCCGAAUUAUCAUACUCACGAUCGAGAUCAUCAUUUCCGUCGACGUCCUUCACCCGAUUUCGAGUCGGACAUUGAUCAAGCUGUUGAUGCCAGCAAUCCUGCACUCUAUCCACUCAUAUCUGACUGGCUCCAGGAACUGGAUCAAGGGCCACGGGGUGAUAACCGCGUGUUUGCAAGAGAUAGCAUUAUUGACUAUUUUCAUAUCUUUGGGUAUAAGCGCCUGUUCGAGAUCAUUGACCCGGCACUCACCAUUGCAGAGAAGAUUUUGGGAUGGUGUCCUGACGUCUCUGUUGGGACUGCAAGGCUUAUUGAGACAUAUGCGAGAAAGGACUGUGAGGUGAUAAAGGCGGAACAGAUGCAGCAUCUUAGGCACAAGCGCAGACGGUCAUAUUACUAG